UUUUUCUUCAAAUUACAAACAAAAGUUAAAAGAUGUGUAGUGGAAGAAGAGAGGGUGAAGAAGAAACUUCAUCAACUUCAUACUGCAAAGGGCCUUCGAAAGAGGGAGAAUCGAUAAUUAGCUCUGCAAUUACUUGUGCUCUCUGUAGUUCAGAGGCCUCUGUUUAUUGUGAAGCUGAUAAUGCUUUUCUUUGCCGGAAAUGUGAUAGAUCGGUUCACGGAGCUAAUUUUUUGGCUCAGAGACAUAUAAGGUGCCUUCUUUGCAGCGUUUGCCGGAAAACAACGCGGCGGUUUCUGAUCGGAACUUCGUCGGAGCUGAUUUUGCCGACGAUUGCCCGUUUGGAACAGAGAAACAGAAGCAGAAGUGCAGAGUCUGAGACGACGGACUACAGAACGACGCCGCAAGAGCUUUUUCUGUUUAUUUGAUAUUUAAUUAUGUUUUAAUUUUUUUUUUGUUUAAUUCCAUUACUGGAUGAUGCAUUUAAUUUAAAUUAAUGAAGUGUCUAAUAAUAAACAGAUACAGUAGUAAAAUAAUAAAUUGUUAGUAUGUGAACUUCAAAAAAGAAAAAUUAAAAAAUUCUCAAAGACAAGAUCGCAGUGCUUAUAGGGUACUUUGGCAUGUUUGGCAUAGCAGAGGAGUCGAAAACACAAAAUUUGACCUUUCGAUGGAAUAUAAUUUUUCGACGAA